GCCCGCGCAGAUGUCUUCUUCUUCCCCGUCACCUACCAAUACCAUUAGUCCAUUACGCGGGGCCCGGUUUCCCACCGAUACAAGAAGGCCGGCCACCACACCCACACCAGACCAGAAACGCUCUCAACUCGAUCCAUUCCUACCCAAUCCAAUCCAACCCAUCGCAUAUCACCUGAUCCUCCAGUGCUGUCUGCCAUUACAGCGUCCGUCGCUGUUAGCCUAAGCGAGGCUUUGGCUUAUCUGAGUUAUCUCUGGUGAGCGUGGGCAUGAGCCGGGGGAGCAGCAGCAAGCUGAGGUGGCUGUGGAGGGCGCCGGCGCGGGCGCUGGGCCGGGCGCGGGACUUGUACGUGCGCAGCGUCACGGGCUGCGCGCGCUACGUCCCCUCCGACGCCGCGUUCGGCGCUUACCCGGUGCCGGCGCCGCUGCCCAGGAGCUACAGCUGCGGCUCCCACUGGGGCGAGGACGACGACCUCCGGGAGCUCAUCCGCAUCCGCAUCCGUGCCGCGUCGCAGAGGCAGCAGCAGCGGGCCCAGGCCGUGCCCGUGGGAGUGGCCAGGAGCCAGAGCACGGCGGGCCGGCUGCCGGCGUCCAUGGCGCGCAUCGACGAGGACGCGCCGUGCGAGUUCGGCUCCGGCGGCAGCGCCAGUGGCGAGGGGAUGUACUCGAGGAGCCGGAGCUACGUCGGCGGCGGCGCCGAGGGGAUUAGAAGGUCGAGGUUCCACGGGAAAGUGGCGACCUUCGGCUGCAUGAGCUAGUGAGCUGCCGCUGGUUGAUCCUCGAUCGAUCCCCUCAUGCGCGAUCGUGUGUUCCCGGCCGCAUGCCAUUGUAUUUGCUGCUCUGAUCUCUUCAAAUUUGGGAUUUUGCGCUUGUAAAUAAUACUAGUAGUGCGAUCUAGGGAUGAAUUCUUGAGUGUUUUAUUUGUUUCAUUUCGUUAUCCGUGUUACAAAUUCCAUGAACUCCUUGGUCCUUGUCUA